CCAAAACAAGCUUGGCCCCUGCUGGAUGGCGUGUUCUUCGUAAAUUUAAAAAUUUCCAGUGCUUUUUUUUGUUUGUUUUCAAACAAAAUUUCUCACUGUAGUGCAUUUUGAGGUUAUCUUUAUUGGGGCCCCCAGUAUUUCGCAAUGUUCAAAUCGAAAGAAUUGAACGAAUCGCAGUAUUUGAACAAUGUCACGUUGCCUAGAGUGAACGACACGUGCAACGGUAAGCCUCAAAUAACAUCAACCCCUAUAAAUUCGCUAGAUUUGAGGAGGAAGUCGGUUCUGUCUCCUCCAUUUCCUAAUGCCAGACAUGCAUCCCCUCGAAAUGAAUUGCAAGAACAUGAAGGCUCAUGCAAUGCUGCUAAAGUGCCUAUAAACUCCCCAUUUUCCUGUCAGCUGUGCAACACAGCAUUCGAAGAUCAAUUGAAAUUUUUUGAGCAUCUAAAGAAACAUUAUGAACCUGGCAGUUUAAUUGCUACACCAGUAUUACCAACUCCUGAAGCCCCACCAGUUGAAGAAAAAAAGAAGAAAUCUCCUCCAACUCUCAAGCAAGAGAAAAAAGUUGCUGGAGAAGAAAAAGAAGAAACUUUACUAUCAAGCUUAUUAAACUUACAAUGCAUUGAAUGCAAUAAAACCUUUAGAUGUCAAAAAACCUUUGAGGCUCACAUGAGAGAUGUUCACACCAACAAACCUGAACCUGAAGAUGAAUUUUCUGAUGCAGAAGACAUGAUGGCAGGCAUUGACGUAGCUGUAGACUAUGACAGUCUCCAAGGGGAUGAUCUUGAAGACGACAGCAAAGCUUGGUACCAAGAAGAAGAACUCCAUCAAACUGGAAAAGACUUGGAAGAAUUGGAAGACAAAAAUGAGCACGUUUGCCACUUGUGCAAACAACCUUUUGCUCUAAGAGCAAUUUUACUGCAACAUUUGGUUAUGUGUACAGUUACCAGUGGCAUGACUGAGCCAACUCCUGCAGUAAUUGUAAGAAAGAAAAAUAAAAAAAUUAAAGAAAAGCUCAAUUAUUGUGAGUUGUGCGAACGUGUGUUCAAACACAGAAAUUCAUUGGUUUAUCACAUGAGGAGUCACAGUGGCGUGAGGCCUCAUCAAUGCGAAGUAUGUGGCAAAAGCUUCUUUGCUUCUAGUGCCCUAAAAGUUCAUUUGAGGUUGCAUUCAGGAGACAAGCCUUACGACUGUGUCCAUUGCGGCCGCAAAUUCCGCCACUGGGGCGACCUAAAGUAUCACAUAACAUCAAUUCAUUCAAAUGAGAAAAACUACCAAUGCGAAUAUUGCGGCAAAGCGUUUGCAAGGAAAUAUUCCUUGGUGGUGCACAGGCGUAUUCAUACGGGCGAGAGAAACUACAAAUGCCAAUAUUGUGGCAAAACUUUUAGGGCUUCGUCCUAUUUGCAGGAUCACAGAAAAAUUCAUACUGGGGAGAAACCCCAUAACUGUUCGAUUUGUGCUAAGCCUUUCAGGUUGCGGUCUGACAUGAAGAGGCAUGAGAAAACACAUCGAAAAGUUGCUGCACCAAGGGGGUCAAAAGCUCAAGUUGCACAAGUCGUUCAAGUGAUACAACUACCAGAAGAAGAAGAAGAAGAGGUGCAAGAGUUUAAAGUGUACAAAAACGAAGUGGAAGAAAAUGAUAAAUCCAAUGAGUUACAUAUUGGUGAAGAGGAAGAAGCCACUGAGCAUAUUUUGUGUUAUGAGCAACCAGAUAUUGAAAUGAUGAGCGGAGGUACCAUAACAAAAAGAAAUUUGUAAGGAAAUUGGUGUAUUUGGGAUUAUUUUUUUGUUAAAAGUUUAUUUGUUUUCAUAUUAUAUACAAAUGGUCACGAAUUAUUUUUGGUCACAUAUCCCAAUGAAUUGGUACAGAGAGGUACUGGUGAUGGUAAUACAGAAACUUGGAUACACACUGGUAACUAAAUUUUAAUGUUUCAACUUUUUUUUUUCAUUAAGUGGAAUUUAAUUCAAUUUUCUUUGCGACAUUAUAAUUGUAAAUGGAGGAAUAACUUUAUUUUAAGAGAUACUUUUUUGAAUGUAUUUUGAUGUUGCCUGAACAUGCAAUAUUUGGAAGGCAAUGAAAGUUGCUACUUAUUUAAAUACAUGCAUUAGCUUAUGAAAGUAAAAUUUAUUUAUUAGCAAUUUUAUUUGGUAGUGUUUUAAAGAAUCCUCUUUCAAAAAAAAUCCUCCUAGUAUUCCUUUAUCCUAAUUAACUUCAUUUCUGCAGGAUUUUUCUGCUCUUGAUUGUCCAGGAUGUGAUAUCUUGCUCUAAAAUAAGUUUUUAUCUCUGGAAGUAGAGGUCGGACUUAAUUUCAGUUCUAGUGGCUCUAUUUUGAAUUCAAGAAAGUUUUCUUCUAUUUUAGAUAGAGCUAGGAAGCUCUAUCAAGAGGUCACUAUUCUAAAAAAGCCUGUACACGUAUUUUUAUUCUUCUAAAUCACAGUUAAGUAUUUCCACUGUACAGAGUGGCGCAAAUUCGAACCUCAUCAUUGGGAUCUCGGUAACCGUAAGAGAUACGGGGUCGGUUAAAUUAUGACAAAAUUGCGCAAUUUUAUGACCAAUAGAAUGCCGUUUUGAAACAAGGAAGAAUCCGAAUACUUCCGGAGAUAUUCGGAAAAAC